AUGACCAGACAGUCUCGCUGCUCAGAAGCUUUUUGGGAGACCACGAAGCGUCUCUUAGCAGAGCUCAUAAAUGAAGGCUUGGCUGAAGGUUCAGUUAAGACAUCAAAGGUUAGCAAUGAGCGAUAUCUGCAUUUACGCCACGAUUCCUCCCCCAACUGGGUCAAAGUAGGCCUUAUGCAUGGUGCGUGGGUCGAGAUGAGAGAAAACAUCGUGAUAUCCGUGAUAAGACCCGAAACGUUGGAACCGCCUGUGUUUAUUGGACAUAGCCAAAAGGUAGAAGAGGAGCUGGAUCCCAGUCUUGUCUUUUCAUUUGUCUCUCCUUGGUUUUCAGACCAUGCCAAUGGCGAGGUUCUGGAUACCAUUUCACGCCAGCUGAAAAAUUGUGCCGAAAAUCAAGAGUUUUAUGAUGAGAAGUUUCACCGGUUGUGCUAUCCACAACCUCCACUAGAGCCCGUCGAAAUCGAAGAGAUGCUCAUUCCCAAUAUCGCCUUCAUUUCUGUCCCUCGUGCCGAUCUUCGACUUACAGGGCCGUUCGAGAAUAUGCUUGAGCCACUUCUGGAAAGACUUAAGAUUCCAGAAGUUAGUGCUGAGCGUGUGCGAGUACCGUGCUUCACUCAGCAACUCCCCUCCAUUCUCCAACUCUUCUCUAAUGCCACUGUUCUGAAAUCAGUUGCAGGCUGCGCCGAUGCCCAGGCCUCAAUGAGAACCCUUACCCUUCGACCGGAGUUGAAUUUUGGUUAUCAUUUGAAACUCUCAUUAGCAUGUCAGAUAACGUCUGCUCUCAGAACAAUUACGCCUUGGACGACCUGCAGUGGGCCAUUUUUUACGGAGGUUUUAGAGAGGUUCCUCCCCGCCGAUAUGUGGUGUUUUAGAGAAGUCGCUGCCGUCACAGGGGGUCAAGAGGAUUUCACCAAAGCUCGUCAUCUCUCAUGCAUUCUUCGAGUUGACCUCAAGAAGAAGGCACAGGAUAAUGACGAAACUCUCCUAGUUUCGGCUGCAUUGGCUCAGAAGCCUUACAAGGAAAAGCGUACAUACGCAGAAAUCUUAUUCAAUCUACGAAAUAUAUCUCAAAAAUUGGCUUGGCUCAAAAGCUAUGCCGUAUGCUUGUUCAAUGUUGUCCUUCCUCCUCUGAUUGAACAUGGCAUCGGCUUGGAGGCACAUGGUCAAAAUAUCGUGGCGCGCAUCUGCAAUAAAACAAAAAAUCUCAAAGGAUUUGCCGUGCGUGAUUGUGGAGGUGUUCGAUUGCAUGUCCCCACAUUGAGAGCUCAUGGUGUCAACUUCGACUCCCUGCCUCCUGGAGGUGCUACUUUGACUGACGAUAUGAAUGAUGUCUGGAGUAAAGUGCACCACUCCCUUCUUCAAAACCAUAUCGGUCAUUUAGUUUACACACUGGGACUAGAGAGAGAAGGAGGAUGGCAGAUUGUUCGAGAAGCUCUAGCGACAGUGCUACAUUCACAAGCAGGCACAGUAGGGGAGCCUUUGCAUCGGUACUUUCUCAAGGAUACCAUUCCUUUCAAGUGUUUCUUGAGGAUGAGCAUGGAAGGAAAAUACCGUGACCUAAAGUAA